CUUCUUUUCAUACGAUUGAAUUGAAUUGAAUUUGAUCAUUAAAGAUGUAUCGAUCAAUCAUUAUUUGUCUAUGGACAAUAUUAGCAAUAGAAUUUUGUUCAGCAUAUUAUUAUACUGAACCAUAUGAACGUAAUGAAUAUGAUAAUGGUAAUGGUGCUUAUCAAUUUUCUUAUCAAACCGGUACAAAUAAUGAACCAGAUUUAGCACAAUCAUUUCGUGAAGAAAGUCGUGAUGAAUAUGGUAAUGUUCAUGGUAAAUAUGGAUAUGUUGAUCCAUAUGGACAAUUAAGAAUAGUUAAAUAUCGUGCUGGAUCUGAUGGUUAUUAUGCUGAAGGUGAUAUUGGUGUUGAUCAGGAAACAUUACGACAACAAAGAUUAUUAUAUGAAAAUGAUCAGGCAACAAAAAUUCAACAACAAACAUGGCAACAAGCUCCUGGUCAAGUUUCAUCAUCAUCAGCCGCAUCAGCUGCAGCUUCAGCAUCAUCAUCAUCAUCAUCAACAGGUGGUUAUUAUGGUAAUGGAAAAACCGAUUGGACAACAGUUCCGGAUAAUUCUAUUAAUCAACAAUACAAUAUUAAAGGUGGUAGCAGUAAGAAUAUCUAUAGUGAACGUAUUGUAGCUGAAACACCAACAAUUCCAAGAGCACCAGUAAAAUAUGGAAAUUAUUAUUCAAAUCAAUAUAAUCAUCAACGAAAAGUAUUAUACAAUAAUAAUCAAUAUCAAUCACCGGUUGUUCGACAAUAUUAUUCACAAAAAACAAUACAGCCAGCAGCUAGAUAUUAUCAAACCAAAUCAGUACAACAAUAUUCGGGUGCAUUGAAAAGUCCAACAGCACGUUUGACUGAAAUUCAACAACAACCGCAGCAACCAGCAGCAGUUGUAACACCAUAUAAAUCCUUGACAUCUGCAUAUAAAUCGGCUGCAUCAUCAGCUGCUUCUGCUGCAUCAUCCGCAUCCGCAUCUGCAUCAUCAUCCACAGCUUAUUCACCGGCAGCAUCAUAUUCAUCGGUUAAAGGUGGAUAUCAACAACAAUCACAACCACAACGUUCAUCACGUUAUAGUAUUCCCGGUACUGGACAAUCACAUGCACAUGUUAAUUUCAAACAAUUUGGACCGGCUGCAUUUCAAUAUUCAUAUGCAUUUUAAAUUGAUUGAUUGAUCGGAUUUUUUUAAAAAAUUUUAAUUUUGAUUGUUUUCUUCGGUAUUAUCUUAACCAUUUUCCUGACAUAAUGUGAAAAUAAUAAAA